AUGAAACGACGCCGUUCAGCAGAGCGCUGGGAACCAGACGAGCUCAAGCCAGACCCCCGCUCGGAUUUCUCCUCACUGCUGAAUGUGCAAGUCGGCAGCCAAAUUACGACGAAGCAUCCUGGUCAGGUUCCCAAGUACUUUGGACAGGGCUACCAGGGCAACCAAUUCUUCGUUACCGAGCAGAUGAUGGAAAUUUGGCAAAUGCUUGCGUCUGAUACCAAGUUCCCAGUCAAGAAAGUCUUGUCCGGUCCAAUGGGCGUAGGAAAGUCGUAUCUUGCCUGGUUUCUUGCAGCCCAGGCGUACGCUAAUGGCUGGCUGGUCCUUUACGUUAGUGACGCGUCCAGACUUAAUCAGGAUACAGCGGAGAGGGCGUCAAUCGAGAUUUGCAAACGGUUCUUAGCUAUCAACAAGGAUAUUUUGACUGCCGCUGAGCUCAAGGAAAUGGUAACCUAUGAGGAUCGAUCAACUCCCCUCGUGGUGUCUAUCGCCGGGACCAUCCUCGGGAGUCUGCUCCAGCGACGAGAGCGCAAAUCUCUUUAUAUCAUCGACGAGCAUGGCGCACUGUUCGCAUCUGACCCUCCGGCACCUGAUCGGCUCGUGCUUUUGCUACCACUGCAAUCAUUCAACUGUUGGGAGGAGUCGGCAGCGGGAGCACGAGUGAUCUUUACUGGCACUGCUCAUGCAAAAUUCGAGAGGGCUUACCUUAUAGAUGGAACCCAUCUUAUUUACGUUGGCCCGCUGUCACCAGCAAUCUUGGGCAGGUUGCAAGCUGGAGUCUUUUCUCAUUUCGAUUCGACGGUCCGUGAUCAUGUGUCUGACAUCGAAGAUGAAGUGCUGAGGAUCACGAAUUGCGUGCCGCGUGAGCUCGUGAAUCUGGCCCAAGAGAUCGGAACCGCACCGCUUACCUUGAAGGAAAUCAAGGAAAAACUGGACAUUUUCGAGGAACGCCGGCGUCAUGAGUUUAAAUAUGUUGCCGAAUCUCAUUACAAUUCGCUUCCUAGAAACUCCAAGGAUGGAACCCGUCUGGCCCUUGCGCAGAUGUUCCUGCCCAGCAAAGACCGACCUACCGCUAUAUUCAACUGGAGGUUUCUGGAUUUUGGAAUGGUGUAUCAAUACCUCAGUAGCAGCGAGAUAACGGUUUUUUAUAGUCCGAUCUGUCCAGCUGCCAAAGCCGCGCUCUUGGAUUUGUACAAGCUAUGUCCACUACCUGAGUCUUAUCGAUAUGGCCUCGCUCAAGAUAAUCUGGACGGUGAACAAUUUGAGGACGCCCUCUUCCAGCAGCUUAUCCGGACAUCUGGCUCGAUGCUCGAGACGACAGACCUUGUCGGGAAAAAUGCAGUGGAUAUACAUUUGAAAAUCUCGGGAUACGAGUUGCUUCAGGAACCACCCAGAAACUUCGGCAAAGAUGGCUUGGAUAUAUUGAUACGUUGCUAUGCAGGGUACCCGCGGUUCGACUUUCUCCUUGGAUACACAUUCUUUCAACGGAAAGGUGGCAAGAAUCAAAUCGAGGAAUAUCUGGAUGCGAUGUUUGGCGACGUUCAUAAAGCCGAUAUCAAUCUCAAUUGCAGGGGCGGCAAUAAUUACACCAAAACAUUCGUCGUUUCAAGAGAUGGCCGGGCCUGCCCACUAUUCAGUAUCGUCUACAUCUGCGGUAGACCAGGAGCAACCAAUCACCCGAGUAAGGCUCAGGAGUACCCAAGAAUCAGACACAUAUCCUACGAGGAGAUCAAGUCCAAAUUCUUUGGUGUUUCCCUGCCGAGAUUUAGCAGAAUUGCAUAA